AUGGAUUAUGGACAAAUUAUUAGAACUUCCAAACUAUUUCAAGAUAUAAGCUUAUCCUUGGAAAACAUAGAAAUAUCAACUAUCAGGUGCUUGGCUUUGGGUUCACCUUCUGAAAGCAAAAACGCAAGGUUUCAAUUAGCCUUAUUAAUUGAAUUGCAGCAAUUACUUGAUGCCGAGGUUUCCUUAUAUGAUCCAAUUUUUAACGAAAAAGAUAAUGAGAUACUCAAAGACUUUACAAUCGAGAAAGAAUUCACCAGCGAUAGCUCUAAAACCUUAUAUUUUCUCCCCCAUGCAUCCUUGGAACUUACUGAGGAAGUGCUAAAUACCAACCAACCAAAAUAUUUUCUUGCCAACGAUGUGAUAGCUCAUACUGACAGAUUGACCAAAAAAAAACUUGCAGACAACUACCCCACCCUUUCUAUAAUUGUGCAUCUUCUAGGGGAAAACAAAGUAGAUGACGGAUUUACACGAGUUUCUCGAAAGAGGUUUAAAGAACCGGUGAUAACCUAUGACAUUGAUUCAGUAUACUUUGAUAAAGUACAGAUUUCUCGAUAUCUACACACCAAUAAAAAUGACGCAUGGGGUACUUCCUUUACCGAUUUAGCAUACCAUUAUAUUUCUUAA